CCUUCUCAUUUCUGAAUCUUUGUGCCGAAUCCCUCAUUUGUAUAUCAGUGUUACCAGUGCUCUCUCUCCUACCUCUGAAAUACAGUAUUCAGAAAGCACCAGCAAAGAUGUUAAUGUCCACCCACCAACGCCUCUAAUCUCUCUCUCUCUCUCUCUUUCUCUCUGUCUUCUGAAAGACUGGAACUUUUGCUGUCUAUAUCUCAAGAUUUCUCUUUGCUCAGUUUGGAGUCACAUUUUGCCUCUGUUAUCUGUCUUGGACAAAACUCAGAGGAAAACAAUUAUACGAAACAUAAUCAUAAUUUCGAAUAAGCUCUUUUUUUUGUUUAUGUUCUUAGCUUUUCACACUUUUUGGUAUGUGAAUUCUAUAUAUAUAUAUUCACCAUCUCCAUAGCUCAAUGCCCAUUUAGCUGUUUUCCUCCUCUCUCAGAUCUACCAGCACCCAUCCCCAUUUCCUAAUUCCUGCAUACCGAUUUUUCUUGUAACAUUCAGUCUAAGGAAAUGAGCAAGGAAGAGUUCGUGAAGAUCCAGACCUGUGUCCUAAAAGUCAAUAUACACUGUGAAGGGUGUAAGAAUAAAGUGAAGAAAAUCUUGCAGAGGAUUGAAGGGGUUUAUACCAUAAACAUUGAUUCGGAAUGGGGGAAGGUUACUGUUUCUGGAAAUGUAGACUCUGGUACUUUGAUCAAGAAGCUGAUGAAGAAGGGGAAACACGCGGAGUUAUGGGGGAGCCAAAAGGCCAAUAGUAACAAUCAGAAUCAUCAGUUGAAGAAUUUGCAGAUUGAUAGUGGUAAAGGUGGGAAUGGCAACAAGGGGAAAGGCGAAAAGGGGACUAAUAUCCCAAAUCAGAUGCAGAUGAAAGGUGGAAAUCCUGGAAUGGUUCUUCCCCAGCAGCUUCAACAGAUGAAGGGUGUUCAAGAUAUGAAGAUUUUGCCCCCUCAGUUCAAGGACUUGAAGCUCCCAGCGAUGAAUUUGGGCGGGGGCAACCCCAAGACUGUCAAGCUCGACUUGCCCGAGGAAGAUGGCUUUACUGAUGAUGACGAGUUUGAUGAUGAUGAUGAUGAGUAUGAUGAUGACGAUGAGUAUGACGAUGAUGAGGAUGAUUUUGAUGAUGAAAUGGACAGUAUGCCUCCCAACAAGAUGAAGCCUGUGAUGGGCAAUGGGGGCGGUGGUGCUCAGAUGCCGAAUAUAAUGCAUUUGAUGAAUGGGAAUGGGAAGAAAGGUGGAAUUAUGCCACAGAUGAACAUGGGAGGUGGUAAUCAAAUUCAAGGCGGUGGAUCGCCUAAAAAGAGUGGCAAGAAUGGCGGUGGGCAUCCUCAAGAUGGCAAGAACUUUGGCAGCAAUGGUGGUCAGAAUAAGAACAAUGGCGGUGGUGGCGGAGGCCAUGGUGGUGGUGGUGGUGGUGGUGGUCCUAACUUCAACGGCAAUGGGGGCAAUAAAGGCGGUGGAAUAAUGAACAAUGGGCUACCAAGCAUGCCUAACAUGAUGGCAAUGAAAGCCAAUGUUCCUAAUAUGGGGCCAAUGCCAACAAGCCAAAUAGGUCAUCACAUGGGCCAGAUGGGUAAUAAUCUUCCAAUGGGCCAAAUCCCAGCAGUGCAAGGCUUACCGGCGCCCGGUAUGAGCUCAGCCCGCAGCAAUGGAGGUUACUUUCAAGCACCCGGCCCCGAGAUCCUGGCAGGAAACCCCUACCAGCAACACCAAAUGGCUGCAAUGAUGAUGAACCAGCAGCAUGCCAAUGGGAACGAACGGUUUCAGCCAAUGAUGUAUGCUCCUCAGCCCCCCGCUGUGAAUUACCUGCCCCCGCCUUACCCUUACUAUCCCUACCCCCCGCCAAGUGACAACUACGGCUCCAUGUUCAGCGACGAGAACCCUUCAGCUUGUAAAGUCAUGUGAGCUGCGCGAAAUAUGCUCAACUCUUGUGGUGGUCGUGGUCGUGGUGGUGGAUGGUUAUUUGCCCCGGGUGGUAUUGCCAAACAUAGUUCAGUGACUUUGCUAGCCUAUUAAGUUGCCAUAAUAUACAAGGAUAUGAAUAUUCCAUUUGGUUGCUAUUUAGUUUUGCCUUCAUUCCCCAUUGCCUUUUCUUAGGCCCCUUUUGAUCUAUAUAUAUAUAUAUAUAUAUAUAAAUUCUAUAAGUUUAGAGGUAUUUGAUAGAGUUGGAUGUAAGUGGGAGAUGUUUGUACAUGUAAGUUGAAAAUCAUAAAAUAAGAUGAAAACUAGAAUGGGUUUUUAUCAGAAA